AUGAUCUUCAAAAUCUCAUCAAAUUUCAGAUCGUCGCCUAUGGAAGAGAAAAAUUAUAAACUAGCUAACAAGAUGAAGGAUCAAUGUUUAUUAUUGACCAACUCGAUCAACAAUAACAUAAGCAUUGGACAAGACGACCAACCCACUAUGUUGCCACAACAUCGACUAUCUCCAAUGAGUUCGAGAUAUUCAUACCAUACGCUUUUCAGCGAUAUAUGCAAAACAAGAUUUAAUCAUUUAGUUACGCGAUUGUUCUUGGUGGCCAUCAUAUUCGAGACAUUCAUGAUUACAAUACUUUCAUGUGGUUACCAUAUUACUUUUGAGAAUGUGCUUAUGCUUAUUCCAAGAUUUAUUUUAUUAUAUUCAGUCUCCAUAUGUAUUAUUAUUGCCAGAAAAAAUUAUUUGCAUGUUAAAUCCCUAGGAUAUUCCAAUUGGGGUACCCAAAUUUUGGGUCAAUUAAUUUCCAUCAGAUUUCUGGUAUAUCAGUUGAUUUAUUCGAGUUGCACUUUCGCCAUUGCAUUGGCAUUGGGGGAUUGUUUUGGCCUUUCUCAAUUAUCAGCUCAAAAGAAUGGUUUAAUUUAUAGAUUAUUCGUUUGGAUUUUGAUCCCCCUGAUUUAUAAUUUACAACAUAGUCUUUUAGACAAUGAUAAGCUUUCUUUCGCAUUUGAAUCUCAAGUGAAUUUACCUCAGACUUAUAUUGCUGAUAGAACAAAGAAAAUGGUUGCUAGAGCAUUCAUGCUAGCUGUAGUUCUUACCAUAUUUUCACCAUUGGUAAGCAGUUCUUUCUCUUCAACACACUUUAUCGGUUUUGUUGCGACAUUCAAGUUAAUGAUAUUAUCAUUUUGGGUUAUGGUAAAUUUUCAAUUUAUUAAUCUGGCAUUUGAUGCACAUAUGUCAAUUGGUUGUCUACAUAAAGGUAAACCUAUUUCCUCAUUAUCUAAAAUGCCUAUGGAAACUCUGCUUAACGGAUUAAGCUCCAAAAAGGCGUUCACAAAAUUAACUGCAUUUCAAGAACUAUGUUACAGAGCUACGUCUCCAGAUUUAUCCCUAAGAUUGCCUAUUUACAAUUCAACAAGCAGAAAGUCCGUUAAUGAGAACUCCAAUAUAUGGCCCGAUAUCUUAAGAGAAUGUCUCUUAGUCAUUCAAGAAGAUAAUGAAUCAGUUACUAAAUAUUUGAAUCAAGUGGAAGUACGCAACAAGAGCAUUUUCACCAGAAAAGAAGAGCCAACCUAUCUUGACCCCAGAGUCUCUCAGCAAGAUAUAUUUGGUAAGAGUGAGUCAGGUAAUAUGAAUACAUUAGUUGGUGGUGUCGCUUCUCAACCAUCGAAUAUUACACGUAGAGUACCCAUAAGGGAUGACAACAUCUUAUUGACUCCCCAAAGACGAAAUGUGGGGAGAGAAAUAAGAUCACCAAGCAGAUUUGAUGAAAAUAUCUUAACACAUGAAACGAAACUGUCUUUAUUUCUAAAAGAUGUCAGUGCUCGCAUAAAAGCCACCAUCACUAUUAUCUUCUUCCCAUCAGCUACUAUCACAACCAGCUCAGGUACUCCGAUUGUUGAGACACAUUUAUCUCUAUGGGAUUCAUGGUUUGCCUCCAAGGGUAAAGUGGCGGAUAAAUUGGUGCCAUUACCUGUUUGCCAUGCGGAGAGUGUUAUAUCAUUAAUGGCAUUAUUGAUCAAUGCUGUAGAUGAGUCACCUCGUGGGAAUGUCAUUGCAUCCGUGGGUGAUGUAUUGAAAUGUUUACAGCGUUCUGUGAGUGUCUUGGGUAGAUUUGAUGAAUGGGAUAUGGAGAAUCCAAAGCGAAAGUGUAGACGUAGUGGACUAGAAGAGGAUUCUGAAUUAGAUGUGGUUGGUAUUCUAUACAACCUAUCCAUAAGUGCUUUCUUAGAGGUUGUCAUUAAAUUUGAUGGGCUGUUGGCGGACAUUUCUCUGGAUGAAGAUGUCGUUAAAUUGACUAAUUGGGUUCUCGACAUGGUGGACUCGCAAUUCCCUGCCCGUUACUAA